AUCUUUUCUUCUCUCGCUAGCCGCGGCACGGGCAGGGCGGCAGAACUGAUCACUAGCUAGUCGAUCAUGGGCCACCGUCUCGCCGCUGCGACGGUUCUUCUGCUGGCCUUGGUAGCUGGAGCGGCCGCGGCGGGGGAGCAAGCCGUGGGCGCCGGCGUCGAGGAGGCCGGGAAGAGUGCAGCAUGGACCGGCGGGCUGAGCCGGCGGAGCUUCCCGGCGGGGUUCGUGUUCGGUACGGCGGCGUCGGCGUAUCAGGUGGAGGGCAUGGCGCUCAAGGAUGGCCGCGGGCCUAGCAUUUGGGACGCUUUCGUCAAGAUCCCCGGUGAAAUCGCAAAUAAUGCCACGGCAGAUGUUACUGUUGAUGAGUACCACCGUUACAAGGAGGACGUGGACAUCAUGAAAAGGAUGGGUUUUGAUGCCUACCGCUUCUCAAUAUCUUGGUCAAGAAUAUUCCCAACUGGAACUGGAAAAGUAAAUUGGAAAGGUGUGGCAUACUACAACAGAUUGAUAAACUACAUGCUGAAGAUAGGCAUUACACCUUACGCCAAUUUGUAUCACUAUGACUUGCCGGAGGCACUAGAGGUGCAAUAUGGAGGACUUUUGAACAGAAAAAUUGUGGAAGCAUUCGCAGACUAUGCUGAAUUUUGCUUCAAGACGUUUGGUGACAGAGUGAAGAACUGGAUGACAUUCAACGAACCAAGGGUCGUUGCAGCCCUCGGAUACGACGACGGAGCAUUCGCUCCAGGAAGGUGCACAAAAUGCAAGGCUGGAAACUCUGCAACCGAGCCCUACAUUGUUGCACAUCACCUCAUUCUUUCCCAUGCUGCUGCUGCCCAGAUAUACCGGCACAAGUAUCAGCACGUACAAAAGGGAAGGAUUGGGAUACUUCUGGAUUUUGUCUGGUACGAGGGUCUUACUAAUUCAACGGCCGAUCAAGAUGCAGCACAAAGAUCAAGAGACUUCCACGUUGGAUGGUUUCUGCACCCAAUCAUCUAUGGCGAGUACCCGAAAUCACUGCAGGUGAUUGUCAAAGAACGGCUUCCGAGGUUCACGGCCGAUGAAAUCCAGAUGGUGAAGGGCUCCAUCGACUACGUUGGCAUCAAUCAGUAUACUGCUUAUUAUGUCCGUGAUCAGCAGCCCAAUGCGACGACUAUCCCCAGUUACUCAUCUGACUGGCAUGCUGCAUUUGCUUAUGAACGCAAUGGCGUGCCAAUUGGGCCCAGGGCGAAUUCAGACUGGCUUUACAUUGUACCGUGGGGUUUGUACAAGGCUGUCACAUAUGUCAAGGAGAAGUAUGGUAACCCCACGAUGUUACUAUCUGAAAAUGGCAUGGAUGAUCCUGGGAACGUCACCGUUGCCCAGGGGGUGCACGACACGGCGAGGGUCGCCUACUACAGGAGCUACAUCACCAAGCUGAAGGAGGCGAUCGACGACGGCGCCAACUGCGUCGGGUACUUCGCCUGGUCGAUGCUCGACAACUUCGAGUGGAAGCUCGGCUACACGUCCAGGUUUGGCCUGGUGUACGUGGAUUUCGCAACUCUCCGGAGGUAUCCCAAGGCGUCGGCCUACUGGUUCAGGGACGUUGUCACCGGCAAAAACUGAGUUGGGUUUUCAACAAUGAUAUGCCCCCUUCUUUUUCUUGUUUGGUUGCUCUUUGGGUGGUGCCUAUUGUAGUAAAUAUACCAAUAAAAAGUGUGGGGAAGUAAUAAAUAAUAAAUAGUUCUUGCAUCUCGAAUUAUGCGAAGAGUUUUUAUGGUACAUGGGGAAAUAAUAAGUUUUUAUGGUACUCAAUAAAGAGCAGAACUUUCUGCAUAUGAAAUCUCUGGUCCAGUUAUUUCGACUCGGAGUAAAGUUUCCUCACGGAUAUU